AUAAAAUUUUGGGGAGAGUGCUGGUGACUAGGGGGAGGAAGAUGCAGGAAAUUUAUCUUUCAUGAACUUCCGUAGUUAAUUUGCCUUAGGAUCCAAAGCAUGGAGAAUAAGAUUUAAAAAAUUUUUUUUUGAGGAAAGAUGACUUUUCAUCCCAAAGAAAGAAAAGCUAACGUUUUACCUGACUUCCUGCAACUGAAUGACUUGGGAUGUGAAACUAUAGGAGGGAAGAUUUUAUUUGCAACAGACGACUUUUUUGCUCCUGCAGAAAAUCUCUUAAAGAAACAAAGGCCAGUAUUUCACGCUGAUCUAUUUACUGAGUAUGGGAAGUGGAGGGACGGAUGGGAGACCAGAAGGAAGCGCAUUCCAGGUCAUGAUUGGUGCAUCAUUCAAUUGGGAGUGCCAGGCAUUAUUUAUGGAUUUGAGGCAGACACGUCUUAUUUUGCUGGAAACUGUGCUCCUUGGAUAUCAGUCCAAGCUGCUUGUUUGAAGCCAGAGGAGGUACCAGCACUGCCAGCAAGAGGGAACAGAAUAGGAACAGCAGCUUCAGAUGAAGAGUUAAGGGCUGCCAAGGAGAUGAGGUCAGAUGAAUGGACUUCCCUGGUUCUUAUUUCAGAGAUAAAAUCAGGAAAUCUUGACACUGGCCACAACUAUUUUAUUGUGACGUCGAAGCAAAGGUGGACUCACCUAAGACUCAAUAUAUAUCCAGAUGGUGGGAUUGCUCGUUUAAAAGUAUAUGGUACGAUGCUGGGAGAAUGGCCACUUUCUGGUCUGAAUCAUUUGAGUGAUUUGGUGGCAAUGGUGAAUGGAGGUGUCUGUGUUGGAUACAGUGAUACUCAGUUUGGUCAUCCUGGAAAUAUUUUAGGAAUAGGGAAAUCAAAAUCCAUGAAAGAUGGAUGGGAAACAGGCAGAAAUUUGCAAAGACCACCAGUUUUAAAGGUUGAUGACAAAGGAGUCCUGCUUCUACCUGGAAGUGAAUGGGCAGUGUUUCGACUGGGCCAUUCAGGUGUAAUAACACACAUAGAAAUAGACACCAGUCACUUUAAAGGAAACUUUCCAGAUACUUUUAAACUUGAGGCCUGUAUUUUGAGUAUACAAGAAGAAAAUGAGUGUGUAACACAAAAAUGGACCCCAAAACAAAGUCCAAAAUGGAAUAUCUUGCUGCCUGCAACAAAGCUUAAACCCCAUAUGAGACAUUUUUUUGAUGGUACUGCCAUACAGACCAUGGAUGUGUGUACUCAUGUGAAACUUACUAUUGCCCCUGAUGGAGGUGUAAGUAGGAUGCGUCUCUGGGGUUUACCACGGACUCUGUCAGACAUGAGCAAGUAAAAAUCUUCUCAGAAAAAAGUGCAGAAUUUCACUCAUGGUUAAUACAAACCUGCAUACAUCUGCCUAUCUAUCUGAUAAUUGAAUUUUACAGUAUUCCACAGCAUUGGUUCAAAUGUAACAAUUUGUUAUGGAUGUACAAUAUCAAAAUCAUUUUUCUAUCUGAAUGAAUAAUUUACAUAUAUAUUGCGAACAGGUUAUCUGAUUUGGGAAGUUGUAGCAUUUGUUUGGCAAUAAAGGGCAAUGAAUGCAGCUGUAAAACACAUGCAGUACAGUAGGGCCCCGCUUAUACAGCGGGUUAGAGACCAGGCCCCCACCGUAAAGCAGAAAUCGCUGUAAAGUGGAACCCAUUGACUAUAACGGGUUGUGUCGCGUGAAAAUGACGCCAAAAUGCUGCAAAAUGCAGCAAAAUCGGCUUUAAAACGGGGAAUUUCCCCUAAUUGAAAGCCGCCGCAUCAGCAGAACGCCGGAAAACGGAAUGCCGUAAAGCGGGGCCCUACUGUAUAGGGGUUGUAUCCAACUGUUAUACCCUGAGUAAACCCACUGAAAUGAAUGGACCCAAGUUAGGCAUAUCUAUUCAUUUCAGUGGGUCUACUGUGAGCAGACUAAUACUGGAUACACAUAAGGGAGUGUUUUUUGUUUUAAAAUAGAUUACGAAAGUGUGGUGACAUCCAUGUACAGUAGGGCCCCGUUAUACGGCGGGUUAGGGACCAGGCCUCCGCCGUAAAGCGGAAAUUGUCGUAAAGCGGAACCCAUUGACUUUAAGGGGUCGUGUCGCACGAAAAUGCCGCAAAACGGCAAAAUCGGCUUUAAAUGGGAAAUUUCCCGAUUGAAAGCUGCCGCAUCAGCGGAACGCUGUAAAGCGGGGCCCUACCGUAUUGCUCAUAACCAGGACCAACCCAAGGCAGUUUGCUGCCUGAGGCAGAGCGACAAAUGCCCCCCCUGCCCUCAGUCAAGGUAGCUAGUGCCCAAAGCCAGCCAGGCUAGUGUUGGUAUUGAGGCAGAAAAUACUACAAGCACUUCUCCCCUCCAUGGCAGUAAAAAUAUAAUAAUAAAUUUAAAAAAAUUAUAAUUUGCUGCCCUUUCAUGGCACCCAUAAUCAGCUAAGGGAGGUGCCCCCCCUCACUCUGCUUAAUGGUAGGACUGGCCUAUGUCUAAUAUCAUGUUCAUUUUUUUUAUUGCAUCACAGUCUAGAAAAUCCAAAAUAUAUCAUCAUAUAUGAUGCCAUUUAUUACUGCCUUAUUCUAUGUUACUUGUAAUUCCCACUGAAAGUGACAGGAAUUGCUUUGAGGAAGCAUGCUAAUGAGUACAACAUUAAGUGACACUGAUAGAAGGGUUUAGAUUCUGGAAAUAUUAAUUAUAAAAAUUGAUGGCAAAAAUUUAUUCAUAAUCUGAGCAAUAAUAUAUUGCAGUAUAUUUGAUGUUUGUGUACUAAGAAUCAAUUUUAUAUUAAUGUUUUGCUUAGAUCGUUGUUUAUUUUUCCCUUUUCUCAUCUAAAAUGCUUUCCUUUGUUAAUUAUGCUAUAAUAAAAGGAUAUUUACUCA